AUGUGGCGCCUAGGAGGGCUCCUGGCCCUCCUCGCAGCGACCACAAACGCGCAGGAGGGCGUCCCGCGCCCGACGCGCCUCCGCAUCUACGAGGUGCGGACGGCUUUGCGCUUCGACGAGGGCGAACUCCAAAGGGUGAACUUCCGCUACGACCGUAGUUCAGGAAUCAAGUCGGACAUCGCGCGGAGUUUAGUUGAUGUAGGACUCACGACGGACCGCGGGUUUGUUUUCGAUUGGGGGCGGCGAACUGACGCCAACAUCGCCGCGCCGUCGGCGCCCGAGUCCCGAGAUUCGAGCCCGACUCACCUUUGUCUGUGUACCGCGAUGGCUUGCCGGGGUUCGAGCCGCAAGCCAGUCUUCAUUAUGUGCGCCAAAGGUCUCGCACAUAAUGACUGACUGGCCCGAGGAUCGAGGUCCGGAAGGUGACAAAAACACACACAGGUCAAAGCUUCGGCGGCGGGACGCUGCCGAACCUCUCCGCGGCGUCGCGGCGGCAGGCGUCCGGUCUCGACGCGGGCGACGUCUCCUCGCUCACCGACGACGGGACUUCCUCGCCGACGAUCCUAAACCAUGCGGACGCGAUACGGUUCCUCGAGCGGGCGCGGGCGCGGCGAUAG